CUGUAGGCGUUGUAAAAGUGUCAAAUGUUUACAAAUAUAUCAUACUAUCUGAAGUUUCAUAUUUGAAGAGUCAAAUUCGUGUAUCUUUUACAAUAUAUGUUCUAAAAUGGCAGAUAAUCUCCCAACCAAACUUAUUUCUCCAUCCUUUGAUCCACUGGAUUAUAUAAAGCAAAAAAUCAUCACUUGUAACGGUGUCAAAGACCUCUUGGGGGAAAAAGAACGCAUUAAAAAUCUUGCAGAAGAAACCAACGGUUUACUGAAGAAAAAUGUUUAUAAAAAUUAUACCCAGUUUAUUGAAACGGCUAAAGAAAUAUCCUACCUUGAGGGUGAAAUGUACCAACUUAGUCACAUGUUAGCCGAACAGCAAACACUGUUGACAUCUCUCCUAGAUUUUUCGAUUGCUGCUCCUAAAGACUCCGAAUCAAAGAUAUCUCAUGAAAAUGAAACCGAUGAAGAAAACAAUAAAAAUCUUUCUUUGUUACUGGAAAAAGUGGAGGGCUGUGCUACUGUUCUGGAAGUAAGAGGAAGAACUAUUCUGCACAGUGAUGAGAUGAUGGAGUUAGGAGUAAGUGAUUGUAAACCGAUACAGACUGUAUAUUGCGUUUUAUUAGAUGAAGGGUUGAUGUUUGCAACUAAAGUCGAGAACAGUCGCGGUCCAAUGCAGUAUAGGUAUCAGGCACUAUACGAGUUAGACAAUCUGGCUGUGGUAAAUGUUAAAGAGGAACUAAGCAUUAAAAAUGCCUUUAAAGUUCUUAUGUUUCCAGAAGUGAGGCUGUUCCAAUGUCCUACAGCAACAGCUAAAAAGGAAUGGCUGACAAAGAUAGAUCAGGCAAAAAAGAAGAAAUUGUCGUCAUUUGAACACUUGUCAAUUUUAAAAGAAGCUCCAAACCCAUUUGAUGAUGAUGGCAAUCCAUUUAAAGAGGAUGAUUCUCCUCACCAAAGUGUUCCAUUGGAGACACCCACUUGGCUCUUAGAAUUACCUGAAGAAUUAGAUGUUAACAUUGCUCUGAGAUAUUUUGAAAAAGCAGUAGAACUCAUUCAUAGAGCCAAUGCUCAUUGUGCUGCUUUCCCUAGAAAUACUGCUGUCCGUGACAUAAAAAUUAGAAUUGAUAAUCGAGCAAAACAAUUGGUUAAUAUCCUCAGUGAGGAAUUGAAAGUUUCACCUGAUAAAUCAUUACAUGGAGGUCCUCGAGCUGCACGAAAAGCAGUUGGAGUUUUAGUUCAACUUGGAAAAUCAUCUAAAGCUUGCAGUUUGUUCUUGAAACGUUGCUCUGCCAUGCUGAAGCAAAACAUGAAGCAACAAAAGGCAGAAGGGGCAACUACAAGUUAUAUUGAGAAAUUAUGUUCUGUUUUCUUUACUUGCAUUGGAGAUAAUGGAAGAGAAUUUCGAAAAGCUUUUGCAAAUAAUGCAUGUGCUUCAUCAUAUAUUAUAUGGUCCAAACUCCAGUUAGAACAGUUUGUUCAAAUCUUUUCAAAGCAUGUUUUUACUCCUCAAGUAAGUGCCUCUACUGCCACUGAAUGUAUUGCCUGUGUCCGUCAGCAAUGUGACAGACUUCCAGAAGUUGGACUUGACCUCUCCUUUGUUUUAAAUGAUUUAUUAGAUUCUCAUGUUGAGAGACUGGUGACCGAAAUGAGAGACAAACUGCUAGAGGCUAUUAAACUUCGUGCUAAUGAUGACAAAUGGCGUCCACAAAACCUCCAAAAUUCUGCCAACUCCAAAAAACUUUUGGAUGAUUUGAGAGAAAUGGGUAUUGAUUCAGCAGAAUUAUAUCUAUAUGAUGAGUGUUGGUUGUCACUUACAACUAAUACUACUGCAUUUGCUAAAAUGUACUUAAAUUUUCUGGAUGAUUUGCUUAAACUUUACACACCUAUUUUUCAUAAACUGAUAAAUGAUGCCUUAACCAAAACUUUUCAAAGUAAUUUGUUUCAUGUUAAAAAUGCAUUUCAAAAAACCAGUGACUCUGCUGAACGGCAGUUUGUGUCGAGGAAUGCCAUGUUUCUGUUAGAUGUGUUGAAAAUUGUUGAUGAUCGAUAUUUUAACAAACUUGGGCGACCUUGCACCAUUACUGCUGAUUUGCGUGAUGAGCUAAAUAGAUUUAUUGCAAAUACUAGCAAAACAUCUUUCACUAAAUAUUCAUCUACUGCUUACAUUUAAUUAUUGAAGGCAAGAAAUAUUUAAUAUUUUUUAUUUGAUUGUUAAAUAUAUAUAAUGUGAUAUUCUUUAGAGUAAAUAAGUUUGUUAUAUUUUUCACUGAGAUUCUAAUGAGCAUGUUUGUUGCUUUGUUUUAGGAUAAUAUAAAUUGCAGCAUCUAUAUAAUGAUUUUGGGGCUAUUUUUUAUUUUGCAUGAAUUGAUUUUGUUUUAUAUCAUGCAGCUAAAUAAAAAAUACAGAUGUCAAAGAUAAGUUAAUAAAAAACUUUCAAGAUUUGCCACUCAAAUGAUCUUUGAAGAAAUUUUAUAACAGCAAUAAUUGAGUUCAUAUAGUGAGCUGCACAUAUUUAUUAACUUUAAAAUGUUGCAUAUUUAACAUAUUUAUUUUCCAGAUAAGCUGAGAGUUUUAAACUGUGUUCGGAUUUAAAAAAUUAUUUUUUAGUACAAAAUGUUAUCUGCAGACAAGAUACAACUUUCAACACUGCUAUUAAAUGGUCAUUUUUAAUGUUGUCAUAAUGCACAUAGAAUAUUGAAAGGCAGUUUAAUACAUUUUUAUAAGAGUAUUAAUAUUUAACAUGAUAAAAGUUUAAUGAGUUAAAAUAUUCUCAGAGAAUAUAUGUUGUAUCAUACACAAAUUUCACUUCCAGAUAAGUUUACUUUCUCUUCAGUAUUCUUUAUAAUAUAUGCUUUUUAUUUAGUAACUUUUGGAAAUUAGGAUAUACCCUGAAAACUUUAGAAGUAUCUUU